AUGGGAUUAUUGCGCGAUUGCCUUAAACGCUGUUUCGCACUCUACGAGCUCUAUUCCGACGCUAAAUUGCGCCCGCAGUUUGCGGCGCCGUGGCUGAUUCGACGCGCCGGAUUCCUUAGCUGGAGCUCCUCAGUCAUUGUUUGGGCUAUCGCCUCGCUACGAUCUGGAGAGAGCUCGUUAGGCGUUGUUCCCAGACCGUCGGCUGUCUCCGCACUCGUUAAAAACAACUGCACUCCCGUCUCUGUGAAGCUAUUCCGGAGCGUAUUUCGGCGAGAGACGCCUUGUCGGAUCUCGACCGAGCGAAGAAUCUCGAUGGUCCCGCUACCCGUCGCUACGGUACUUAGCCUUACCCGCGAUUGCCGCAACGCUAAUGCGUUUUGUCUUAACUCGGUUCGGGUACUCCCACUCGGCGGCGUCGCCUCAUUAGCGGCCUGGAGUGGUCCGCGGGAGAAUUUAAUUGCAGACUGCGGCCGCAACAUCCCCACGGCCGGUAGCCAUCGCCGCAAUUACGUGUCACGAACACACUUCCGCUUAAUCGACAGGGAUGAAUGGCGCAAGAGGGAGGAGGCCUAUGCCCAGCAGUGGGCUGAUAAUGUUGAUGAUGAUGAUGAUUCC